AUGUGGAGAUAUAUAUCAAAACAAGCUUAUUCAAGAAAAUUCAGAAACAGCCAUGAUUCAGCUUUAUUGGGUUUUUCUCAGUGUUCUUCUUCUUUUGGAAAAACUAGACCUUUACAAUGCUUGUGUGAAGAAAGUACUACAAACCCCAACUUGGGUUUGUCUCAAAAUUCAAUCUUUUCUAGAAUUAGUAGAAAAGUUAGGCAUUUAGAAGGCAUUUGUGAAGAAAGUUCUAAAAAUCCUCACUUGGGUUUGUCUCAAAAUUCACUCUUUUCAAGUGUUAAAGGGGAUUUUCGUGUUUGCGGUAAGAGGGGUAGUGGAUCUUUAGGAUUUUUGAGGAGUUAUGGUAGUGCUGCAGAAGCUAUUGCAUCUACAUCUGAAGAAGAUAUUGAUGAAAUUCAAGAAUUAAUAGAGGAAAUGAACAAAGAAAAUGAGGCUUUGAAGACCAAUUUGCAACCAAAACAGCCUAAAACAAUAGGUGGGAUGGGGGUUGGGAAGUACAAUUUGCUUAGGAGAAGGCAGAUAAAGGUAGAAACUGAAGCGUGGGAAGAGGCGGCGAAGGAGUAUCAGGAGCUAUUGAUGGAUAUGUGCGAGCAAAAGCUGGCACCAAACUUGCCUUACAUGAAAUCUUUGUUCUUGGGUUGGUUUGAGCCGUUGCGAGAUGCUAUAGCUGCUGAGCAGAAGUUGUGUGAUGAAGGGAAGAACCGCGGGGCAUAUGCUCCGUUCUUUGAUCAAUUGCCUGCUGAAAUGAUGGCUGUGAUUACAAUGCACAAGUUGAUGGGUUUGCUAAUGACUGGUGGAGGAACUGGCAGUGCUAGAGUUGUACAAGCUGCUUCCCACAUUGGUGAAGCUAUUGAGCAUGAGGCCAGAAUACAUAGAUUUUUGGAGAAGACCAAGAAAAGCAAUGCAUUGAGUGGUGACUUGGAAGAUACACCUGGUGAUAUAAUGAAAGAAAGAGAGAGGCUAAGGAAAAAAGUAAAAAUUUUGAUGAAGAAACAAAAGCUGCAGCAGGUUAGAAAGAUAGUGAAGCAGCAGGAUGAUGAAAAGCCUUGGGGCCAGGAUAACCUUGUUAAGGUUGGGUGCCGAUUGAUUCAGAUAUUAAUGGAAACCGCCUAUAUACAGCCUCCAAAUGAUCAGUUAGAUGAUUGUCCACCAGAUAUUCGGCCAGCAUUUGUGCACACCCUCAAAACUGUGGAAACAAUGAAAGGUAGCAGGAGAUACGGUGUGAUUCAAUGUGAUCCACUUGUUCGUAAAGGCCUUGAUAAAACUGCUAGACACAUGGUGAUUCCAUAUAUGCCGAUGCUGGUUCCUCCACAGAGUUGGUUAGGGUAUGACAAAGGUGCNAAAAAUGGAGAAAAAGAAUUCAGGUCUUGUUUUUCACUUAUAUAUUUUGGGGUUCAGGCACUUGACACUCUUGGUAAUACCAAAUGGAGGUUGAAUAGAAAGGUACUUGGCAUAGUAGACAGAAUAUGGGCUAGUGGAGGUCGCCUUGCUGACUUAGUCGACAGGGAAGAUGUACCUUUACCAGAAGAGCCGGACGCAGAAGAUGAAGCACAAAUCAGGAAAUGGAAGUGGAAAGUUAAAGGUGUGAAAAAAGAGAACUGCGAGAGGCAUUCUCAGCGGUGUGAUAUAGAACUCAAACUAGCUGUUGCACGGAAAAUGAAGGAUGAAGAUGGUUUUUAUUAUCCACAUAAUCUUGAUUUUCGUGGUCGUGCAUACCCUAUGCACCCGUAUUUGAACCAUCUUGGCUCUGAUUUGUGCCGUGGAAUCCUCGAAUUCGCGGAGGGGCGCCCACUUGGAAAGUCCGGUUUACGCUGGCUGAAGAUACAUCUAGCGAAUGUAUACGGUGGUGGUGUUGAUAAGUUAUCAUAUGAAGGUCGUGUAGCAUUCAGUGAAAACCAUGUGGAGGAUAUUUUUGACUCUGCAGAAAGGCCACUGGAAGGAAAGCGGUGGUGGUUGGGGGCGGAAGAUCCUUUUCAAUGCUUAGCAACAUGUAUUAAUAUAGCUGAAGCAUUGAGAAGCCCGUCUCCAGAGACUGCUAUAUCUUAUAUGCCCAUUCACCAGGAUGGUUCGUGCAAUGGGCUACAACAUUAUGCUGCUCUUGGUAGGGAUACGUUAGGAGCAGCUGCAGUCAAUCUUGUUGCUGGAGACAAGCCUGCUGAUGUUUACUCUGGAAUUGCUGCCCGAGUUCUUGAUAUUAUGAAGAGAGAUGCAGCUAAAGAUCCAGCAAAUGAUCCAAAUGUGAUGCGUGCCAGGCUGUUAAUUAACCAGGUGGACAGGAAGUUGGUCAAGCAAACAGUUAUGACAUCAGUGUAUGGUGUCACGUAUAUUGGUGCUCGCGACCAAAUCAAGAGAAGAUUGAAGGAGCGUGGUGUUAUUGAAGAUGAUAAUGAGUUGUUUGCAGCAGCUUGCUAUGCAGCAAAAACCACCUUGACUGCCUUAGGAGAGAUGUUUGAAGCUGCUAGAAGUAUCAUGAGUUGGCUUGGAGAUUGUGCAAAGAUUAUCGCCAUGGAAAACCAUCCUGUACGAUGGACUACUCCACUUGGACUUCCUGUGGUGCAACCUUACCGCAAAUUAGGAAGGCAUCUUAUUAAAACUUCCCUUCAGAUUUUGACAUUACAGCGUGAAACAGAUAAGGUAAUGGUUAAGCGACAGAGAACAGCAUUCCCUCCAAAUUUCGUUCACUCUCUCGAUGGCUCCCACAUGAUGAUGACUGCCAUUGCCUGCAAAGAAUCUGGCUUAAGUUUUGCAGGGGUGCAUGAUUCAUACUGGACACAUGCCAGUGAUGUUGAUCAAAUGAACAAAAUCUUGAGAGAGAAAUUUGUUGAACUCUACGACGCACCCAUAUUGGAAAAUUUACUGGAGAGUUUUCAGCAGUCAUUCCCCGACUUGCAAUUUCCUCCCUUACCAGAGCGGGGUGAUUUCGAUUUAAGAGAAGUUUUGGAAUCUCCCUACUUUUUCAACUAGUCGUGCAGUCUUAUAUUUUGAUUUUGUGUGGUUGAGUAUUGCUUUGUCCCUUAUAAUGACGAAACUCAUGGGAACUUCAAAUGCUUGGAUCCAUUGCGUCGGAAGUCAGGGAACACGAGCCUGUACUGACAAAUUGGCUGCUCAGCCUAGAUGACCGUGCCAUAUGCUACUGCAGAAGGCGGUAUUGACCAAUCAUGUUAGGCAAGCUAAGGAUAUCUGGGUAUGAGUUUGGUUGCUAAGCCUAUGCGCUAUUGGGACAUACAAGCUGCUCUACAAAAAGUUGCACUGGGUGAAAGCGGUUGGCAACUGGUUUCGAUGAAAUAUUAUUUGUGUACAAGCAUCUAGAGGUGUAAGCUAAAGCGAAAAAGCCUCCCGCAUUUGUACAUAGAGCAAGGAACCAACAUGACUCUGAUGGAAAUGCAUCAACUCCCUUCAAUAAUACUGGAAAAACAAACUAAUGAAGACUGACCUAGAUGACUCUACAGAGGGCUGAGUAGAACAGUAAGAUAGUUUCUUCCCUUUUUCCUCAAUAAAAUUUGAUUAUUACUUGCUUUUGUACCAUUUACAUAGCAGGUUGUAUAUAUCUUUUAUGGUGGAAUGUCACCUCAUUUUUUUUAUACCUCUGAUCUUUGUCCUGAGCUUUGUUGUAAUAAGAACACAGUUCUCAUGUUUUAAUAGAAGGGAGAUAUGUUCUUGUUCA